UAUGUUGCACUCUUUCUAACUUUCGUAAAUAAAUGAGAAAACGCUACCGGAAUCGAACGAAACAUUCGAAAUCUGUACGAUUGAAUGAAACCAAAUAGAGGGCUGACUUUUCGCUCGUCACGGAAGGUUUUGUGUUGUAGGAAAUUUCUGUAAUCUAAUUCAAUUAUUAGCCCUUUUCUCGAAAUGUUUCCCUUUAAAUUAAACCAUUUGUUUCUGUUGCCUCCUGCAGUGUUUUCUUUUUUGUUCUGUUUCGCUGUAGUAUAGAAUAUGUCUUUUAUUUACAAGCCUAUUGUAAAUCAGUAUAUUUGUCUUCAUAUUUACGUUUAUAACUAGUGUAUUCCUGAAAAUGGAUAAAGGAGUGACAUGUGACCAUCUAAAUAAAUUAGCUGAUGUCCUCGAGAAGGAGCUGUGGCAGUCGAAAGAGAAUUUGACAUGUUUCGACUGCGGUUGUCCUGGCCCCAACCUCUGGAUAUGCCUGCAGCCUGACUGCCAUCACAUCGGCUGCUCUGAAGUUAAAAAUGACCAUAGCACUCUACACCAGAAAAACUAUCCGCAGCAUUGCGUGCAUAUGAACGUGUCCACUGAGCGGAUAUGGUGCUACCUGUGCGAGAAAGAGGUCCACAUCAGAGCAGCGCUGGCGUAUGCGGUCAGUAGCCAUCAGGCUAGUCCAGAUACAACGUGCGGCGUGGAAGGUCCAGGUCGGCUGGGCACGGUGGGUCUCAGCAUGGCGGACGACGACCUCGACCCCGACACGCAGGACAUGGACUAUGACGACGAUGCAAGGCCUAGAGACCCGCAUGCGUCAGGUCUGGUGGGGCUGCAGAACAUGGGCAACACGUGCUACAUGAACGCGGCGCUGCAGGCGCUCAGCAACACGGCGCCGCUCACCUCGUACUUCCUCGAGUGCGCCGCCGCCGUCGCCGUCUUGGCGGCUGAUAAGAAACCUGGGAUUAGCAGAGCAUACCAAAAAUUAGUGAAAGAAAUGUGGAGUAGGAAGACAAGAGGCUAUGUUGUACCAAAUGGUAUCCUGUACGGCAUUCGCAAUGUGCACCCAAUGUUCCGAGGCUACCACCAGCACGACACACAAGAGUUCCUCCGCUGCUUCAUGGAUCAACUGCAUGAAGAGCUUAAAGAACCGGUGUGGGACAGUACAUCGGAGGACAAGCUGGGCUCGGAGGCGGACGGCGACCACCAAGAGCCCCGCAACGUACACGUGCGGCGCCGCGCCGCCUCCUCCGGCGGUGAGUUCCACACAGACUAUGCGUCGAGUGACGCGCCUUUCUUCGCGAGAAUGAGGCGAAAAUCCCCGGCGCCAUCAUCUUAUAGCGAAUCCAGAACUGACGGGUACUUAAGAGUACAGACACAGGAGCCGGUGACGACGCGCCACCGACGGUCCGCGAGCUUCGCGGGGACGCAUCAUCUACAGUACAAUAUGUACAGCCAACAGACUAAUGGUUCAGAAUCCCUGAGGAAUCAGAACCAAGGGCUGUGUGGCUCCGAAUCCUCUCUGUCGUGGUCGAGCGAGGCGGAGGAGCGGUAUGAGACCUGUUCCAGUGGAGCCAGCGACGCAGCUGAUACUAGGAGUGAACAAAAGGGCCCAGUCCCCCUGGGCGGCGGGGACGGCGGCGGCGGCGUGAGGUUCCGGAGCGUCAUCUCUGAUGUCUUCGACGGGAAACUGCUGUCUUCCGUGCAGUGUCUCAUCUGCAAUAGGGUGUCGACGCGCGUGGAGACGUUCCAGGACCUGUCGCUGCCGAUCCCGUCGCGGGAGCACCUCGCCGUCAUCCGCUGCCAACAGCCCAUACUCAACCAUCACGUCUCACACGCCACGCAGGAGUCUUGGGUGUGGUGGCUCCUGAGUUGGCUACGGUCGUGGUUCUACGGGCCCGUGGUGUCGCUGCAGGACUGUCUCGCUGCGUUCUUCAGUGCAGACGAACUCAAGGGCGAUAAUAUGUACAGUUGUUCCCGCUGCAACAAGCUCCGCAACGGCGUGAAGAUGUCGGGCGUGGUGCGGCUGCCGGAGGUGCUGUGCGUGCACCUGAAGCGGUUCCGCCACGAACUCAUGUUCAGCGCCAAGGUGGCCGCCCGGGUCUCCUUCCCCAUACACGACCUUAACAUGGCGCCCUACACGCAUAAAGACUGCACGUCGAAGAUAACCCGGUACGAGCUGUGCGCGGUGAUCUGCCACGCGGGCACGGCGGGCGGCGGCCACUACACGUGCGUGGCGCGGAACGGCCGCAGCUGGUACACCUUCGACGACCACGCCGUCACGCCGCUGCCCUACCACCAUCUGCCGCACUGCGAGGCUUACGUGCUCUUCUAUAGGAAAGUGAAUCCCCAAAUGGUAGCGUUACGGCAGAAGGCUGCUGAGAUAUUGGAGUCUACCAGCAUCGAGCCCAAUGACAUCAAGUUCUACAUCUCCAAACAGUGGAUUAACAAAUUCAACACGUGGGCGGAGCCGGGCCCCAUCGACAACAGCGACUUCGUGUGCGGGCACGGCGGGGUGCGGCCCGAGCGGGCCCCGCACCUCCACCACCUCGCCGCGCUCAUCCCGCAGGCGCUCUGGGAGUUCCUCUACAUGCAUUUCGGCGGGGGUCCGGCGGUGUCCCACGUGCACGAGUGCUGCGUGUGCGCGCGAUGGGCGGCCCGCCUGCGCACGCGCCGCACCCGGGAACUGCAGGCCUUCUGCGACCUGCAUGCCAGCUUCCAGGAACAAGAGCGUCCGCACGCAAUCUACGGUAUCAGCAUGCACUGGUUCCGGCAGUGGCAGGCCUUCGUCCGGAACAAGACGCAGCAACCGCCGCCGCCCGUCGACAACUCCGGGAUUGUUAGCAAACAGGAGAUCGACGGCACGACGACGCUCACAAUAAAGCCGGGCUCCGACCACGCGCAGCUCAGCGAGGAACUGUGGCGGUUCUUCACCAGCAUCUACGGCGGCGGACCAGAAGUACGGCUCAAGUCGCCCGUCAACACCGGCCACCAGGUCAUACUCGCCGACAAAGACACCAAAGCACUAGAGACCAGGCGGCUGUCCAGGAAGUACUCAGAGUCGGACAGGGAGGAAUACUGCACCAAAUCCACCUCAGAGAUGAACAUCAGAGACUCUCUACAAGGAGAACUGCAGAAGAACCAGUCCCUACAGAACAUCAACCGACGAUACAAAUCCAAAGCCACCGCCGAGUCCGACGAAGACGUGGCGUACAAGCGGCCCAGCUUCCAGUACAAGCGCACGGAGACCAACGGCAACUACCCGGAGUCGGACGACGACAUGGACGUGAGUCCGCCGCCGCACACGUCCGUGUACGUGAACACGGUGCGGCUCGAGAACGGACUCGACAGCUCCGACCACGACGCCAACGACAACCCUGUGCCCCACAGGAACACCUCCGACAAAGUGACAGACACUGACCUACCAAAUCUAGAUAGUAUAUCGCUGAAAAGCAAACCCGCCAAAAGCGGCAAAGUGAGAAGAAUGAAACGACGGACAGUCAAAUGAUUCUUUCUAGCUUUCCAGUUUGUUCAUAGGCUGAGGCGAAGGGUCGCGUCGGCUCGCAAAGACUACGUUUAACAUUAACGUUACAUUUUCGAACAUUCCUUUUUUUUCGGUGACUGGUGUUUAAAAUACGUGCAUUUAUAGGUUGGACGAACCUAAAAACUCUGGGACUCUGGUCUCUCACUUGUUUCGUAAAAACGAUAUUUUUCUAAAGCAUUAUAAUUAAAAUCUGCGGCCUCCGCGCCCGGCUAACGGGAGGGUGUUAGUAUUUUUAGUACAAUUUUAAUUUAGUUCAAAUUCAGGUAUGGAAAUAUAGAUACUUGAAUAAAAUGAUGUUAUACGUGAAAUAAUCAUCGAACUUGUAUAUUUACAAUAAUGAAUGUAUAUCUGUGUAAAAUUCUAUUGAAGUUAACCAUAACACCUACUAUGUGUAUAGAAAUUUCGUGUUUAUAGGUAGACUAUUAUCCUGACUGCAUUUCUUUCUUUCCUCUUAUUUACCGUGGAUUAGGUAUUUAUUUUGUUAUUUCUGGUUCUAAGUCUAUGUGUUAUUUGUUAAAGAAUUGAUCAGCAAUAAAAUAUAUUUCGUCUAUAUUGGCUGCAUA